AGCCAUUUUGGCUCAAGGCCUUAACCCAAGGUCAUCGCUGGAUUCGCCCAGUCGCGGUUUGCCCGAUGCCAGCAAAGUUUUUGCAUUUGCUGGGCCAGAACAGCAUUGCUCCAAUGCCAAACCUCUGCCACGUCAAUCAAUCACCGCCACUCUGCUGUAAUCCAAUGAUUGCAUCACCGUCACCCAGCAGUCCAAGGACCUCAAGAGAUGACACAGCCAGUCCAAGGAUGACACAGCCAAGUCCACUCUGCAGUCCAAGGAUGACACAGCCAGAAGAGCUAUUCUCCGGGCUGCCAGAUCGCCCCGAACCUGAUGCAUUCCGCCGUACGCUCAUGAAGUUGCUCGCAGCCCACCAGCGCGAGGUAGAUUACCUCGAAGAAGUGAUCUCGAGGCAGCAGGUCUAUGUGGCAGCGCGGGGCUCGCCCGAGCGCAAGCAUCAUGAGGACAAUCCGCUGGUCUUAGAUGAUAGCAGUAUCGUGCGUUCAGAAGCAAGUGGCAUCCGUGGAUGUCCUGAGGGCAUCGAUGCGUCUCCAUCACCAAGGCACACCGAUGCGUAUCCAUCACCAAGGCGCUCCCCGCGCGAGGUAUCCUUCAGCACCGAAGGGUCAAGCUCAGACGAGGGCGAGGAGAACAUCGAAGACCAGGACUCCCUCCCCAAAAUUGCCAAGGCGAAGUUUUCGACGAUGGCCGUAGACAAGGCAGACUCUGAGGACGAUUCUGUGGGUCAGCUCGACCAUGGACAGUACAUGUGGCAGUGGCGGCGCACCAAGGGUGGCUUUCGCAACUACAAUCCGACUCAGAAUGACCAGAUUGAGGAGGCCUACAGGCGUGGCCUGUCUAAGGUGCGAUUCAAGAGCGGCCAGGAUGGUCAGACAGUGAUGGAGAUGUUUUUCGUCGAUAUGUUCCAACUGGACCCAAAGUCACGUAACAUGCGGCAAGUUCGUCGGGUUGGUGCCAAGAUUUGGUACGUCGAGUGGGGGCGUCAUAUCCAAGCCAUGGCGAGAGCGAUGUAUACAGGCGGGCCAAGCUGGGAGUCCUACGAGAGGUACAAGAGGCGCCAGCAUGCUCUACUCGGAAUAGAGGAAGGCGAGGUUGAAAGCGGCAUGCGCUCCACGCGCCCCACGGGGAUAGCCACCACCGUUUCCUCUCAAUGCACGUAUUCUGAGAAAGCCGACAACGUCUGCACCAGGAUCACUGAGAGCCCAGCCUUUUUGACGGUCUCGAUGUUUUUCACGUUGCUGAACGUGGUGUGGAUCGGGAUCAGCACGGUGCUUGGCGAGUACAACCAGAGCUUGUGGGAUCGGCAAAUCGAAUCAAUUAUAAUCGAGUAUGGUUUCGCGUUGUACUGUGUUGUCGAGAUCACGCUUCAGAUCAUGAGCAUGAAGCACAAGGCGAAUGGCAUGCUCAGCCCCUGGUUCUGCCUGGACGCAAUGUGCACCGUUGCAAUACUGCUGGAGGUUACGGUGGCACCCUACCUGGCGGGCGCCGCGGGCCCCUCGUCCGCCAGCAAGGCGCUGCGAUUGAUGAGGCUACUGUGGUUACUCAAGAUGGCCCGCGCAAGAACGGUCGUGGUUACUGUUCUGAGGGGGUUGGCGAGCGGCAUGCGCUCGGCCGCUGACACCUGGAUCAUAAUCGCCGUCCUCCUUUAUACUUGUGGUGUGGUGCUUACCGCUGGCAGUGAUCCCAGUGGUGUGGGGGAGAGGUAUUUCGGAAGUCUUGAACAUUCAAUCACAUCGCUGAUCUCCCACGGCAUUGCCAUGGAUGGUCUUAGCGAAUUCUUCAACGACUUGCGCUUGCAUAACGCGAUCUUGCAUAACGCGAUCUUCGAAGGACUGGUAUUCACCAUCUUCGUAUUCUUGACCUACUUCGGCCUGUUGAACAUGCUGGUUGGUACCUUCUGCAGCGUCGCCAUCGACACAGCAAUGAACGAUAAGGACAUAGGAGAGAUUGAAUAUCUCGAGCGCCAUCUUGAGGGGAUCGUCGAAGUUUACAUGGACGACAAUUGUCAAUCCAUUAACAAUGAGAAGUUCCAACUGAUGAUGAAGAACUCCGACGUGCUAGAAAUUCUGAAAGCGUGUGGGACCGACGUCGACGGUCUCUUCAUGUUGGCCGAGCUCUUGUUUCCUUUUGAACACUCCUCGAUUUCAUAUCGCGAGUUAUUCUCUGUCAUCGUGCGCUGCCGUAAUGGAAAACCUGUCAGCGUCUCUGAGAUCAUAGGACUUCAGGAGUUCAUGAAGCAGAAGAUAGACGACCUCGAAUCGACAAUCCGACAGAAAAGGCGGACUUGGAGUCGCAGGUCUUCACGGGCUGGCAGCGUCCUUGACCGUGACAGAUUGUGCCGCAAGAUGACGCGGCUGGACGCAGAGGUAACCCCGGAGCAGCGCCGCAUGCAUCAGCAGCAGCAGUCCCCGAGAAAUUUCCGAGACAGCGAGGAGGUUUCAGACUUCUCGCCAGAUGAGUCACCGCCAGUAGAAAAAUCCAGGUCCGAUGCAGAUAAGAUUCGCCAGACUUGGACCAGGCCCAGCACACCGGUUCAUUUCCAUUGAGGGAAUUGCCUCGUUGGAAUAUUUUGAAGCAUGCCAAGACAUCGUGCUCGGAAUUUCAACGCCACGGAUCAACAUGACUGUUGCGUCUUGACGAUCCGGCAUCGUACCAGAACGCAAUGUUUGGAGGAGGAGGAGGAGGAGGAGCGCUCAUGCUCUCGCUCCUCCUGGCCUCCCAGGGCGCACGAGGCAGCGGUGGCUACAGCUCAUGCGUCAGCCAGCGGUUCGGCUGAUUGAUGCUCCAUCCUGCUCCUCAUCCUCCUCCUCUUCCUCCUCCCUCCGUUCUCUCUUCCCUGCGCGCUGUGCUGCGCAAGUGCUCCAAAAAGUGCUGCGCUCGCUCCUCUUCUUCCUCGCCCUGUCACCAGAGGCAGCGUAGACACGGCGAAGGACCGGCCGCUGCAGGCUUCGGAGCACUGAUGGGAUGAGUGCCAGGGUCGUGGAGCGUCGCGGGGGUGUCGGGGAAGCGGACGUCGGUGUCGUUCAACUGGCCCCUGUCCCCAUCCCCACCCUCAUCCAGACCGCCUCUGAGGAGGCUGGGCGCCCCUCGGCCAGAUCGGGGGGGCCACCUGAGGGCCCGAGAGAAACCGGCACCAUCUCGGUCUGUGCAGGGGCGAGGGCAAUGGCCUCCGAGCCACUGCACGGGGCAGAUUGGAUCGUCUGCGGAAGGGCCGGCACCCGACCACUUGAAGGCUUUUGGGGUGAGGGCCCCUGGGCCAUUGCAGGUCCCUUCUACACAGUGCGGUAGAGGUAGGACCACUGAAUCAUGUUUAUCCUGGUCAUCCUCUUCUUCCUCCUCUGUCCCCAUGCUUUUCAGAUUGAUCUGCUGCCUCGAUAAGCCAGGUUGCGCAGAGUUCAUGGCCAGUUUCGGCGUGAGCACGGUAAUUUAUUUUGAAUUGUCGCGCACUCCUCACUGCUCAUCGCUCUUUCUCCUCCCGCCUCGGCUUUUUCCCGAGUGCACCGAGUUUUCCCUUUCUCGGUCACUCGCAGAGGGAGGUAGCGGGAGGGGGGAAUGCUUCUUAGAAGCACCCCUACUACUUGGAAGGCACGGGUCCUGUCUAUGUGUAGGGCCAUCGCCUUCUAAGAAGCGGCCUCCUUCUAAGAAGCCUUUCCCCCUCCCCCUGCCCCCUUGUGCCCGCCGCCAGGCUACUUUUCCUUUGAGCAUGUCGUUUAGCUAGGCGAUCUCUGACGGCGCAGGCUGCGGUGCUGGGGCUGGCCAGGCCCGAUUCUGUCAAGAGGAUCUGCCUCCGAUCGAGCGAGUGCCUCCGACUCGCAUGAUGCAGCGCUGCCCUCGUUGAUGCAGCGCUCGCCGAGCUGAGCUGUUCCCCGAGCGUUCGAGGAACAGGCAGAGGCACGAGCAUGCUUUGGUUCCCGUUGUCAAUCCGAGCCACUCGGGUGACGAGCGACAGGCUUGCGGACCAGGGAGGAUGAAUAACAUCACUUCCAAAGUCAAUUACGCAGUGCGAUGUAGGACUAUUCCUUUGCUUUCGGAUGCAACAGAAAAAACAAAACAAAAC